AAAGGCGUGUCGACAUUGCGUACAAACUGAUUACAGCAUGAAAUAAUCAUUGUUAGUUGCGUGCUUGGUUGUCCUCAACUGACGUACGAUGGACGGACAGAGACUGUGGGGGAGCCUUUUCUCUCAAAUGCAAUGGCAACAGGUUGAUAAGACUGUGUCCGCGGCCGAGAUCGGAGACUUGAUCGAAUUUGUGCACCCGUGGCUUGGGGUGUCUCUAUGGGGAGUUUAUAUGGGACAAGGUCAUGUGAUUCAUUUUGGAGUGGGAGAUGAGAAUAUGACUCAGAAAGCGUGCCGCAGCCUAAUGCAACAGAUGCUGCCCAGGAAGAAAGGCGACGGUGUUCUGAAGAAGACCACCAUCACCUCUCAGCCCAUCGCUGACAUCCGAUUGCCUGCGGGAACCCGCGUUCGGGUCAACAACGACAAGCACCAACUGGUUCCGUCCAUAACGGAGCAGAUGAUGCAUCGCUGUCACACGUUCCUGCAUCAACAGUUCAAAUACGACCUGAUCAACUUUAACAGCGAGCAUUUCGCCACGUUUGUUCGCUACGGUCGAGCCGUGUGCACGCAGAUUCCCUUUCAGAAAAUGAACGGCGAUCACGUCGACACCACCCAAACUCUUGAACUGAUAAUGCAGCAGCGCAUGGAGACGGAAACAUAAGCUCUCACAUCUGCUUAUUCUUCAUCCUAACAAGCACCAUAAAAGCCUUUACUGCGCG